AUGGAUUCGGGAGCAUGGAUACGUCUUGCGCCCGCGUUACGCAUCAGACUGGAAGCCCUCCUGGCUGAUCAAAGGACGUUGGUGGAUACUAUCCUAGACGCCACCCAGCAGUCGGAUGGUAUGCUGGUGACGCUGAAGGCGAUUGACACCGCCGUCCAUCCGUUCGAGGUUGAAAUCGGACAGUUCCUGUCGUCUGAGCAGUCAACCAAAGAUCCGCGGAACCAUUGUGUCCGCAUCCUCGAGGUGCUGCAGGAUCCAUCCGAACUCAACAAGUCAAUGAUUGCUGUCGCCUUCUUCAAGCAGGCAAUUGAGGGACUGCACUUUAUGCAUGAACAUCACGUUGCGCAUCGUGAUAUCUUUAAACUGAACGUCAUGAUGGAUGUCAUACCAAUGUAUACGAAGAAGCUAUGGCAUCCUCAAGUGCCCAGUUUUACGCGUGACUUCUCCGGAUGGGCAAGGCACUGCAGUCGCACUGAGCGCCCACCAAGAUACUUUUACAUCGACUUUGGGUUGUCCCGCAAGUGCGAUCCGGCGGACGGUCCGCCGCUGGAAUUGCCGGUAUUUGGUGGCGACAGAACCGUCCCAGAGUUCCAAGAAGAUGGAUACGACGUGCCCGCCGACCCUUUCCGCACCGACAUCUACUACCUAGGGAAUCUCAUACGGACAACCUUCUCGAAAGCGAGUAUUCGAACUCCCACGCUGCGCUGCAUGGCAUAUACUAACCCGGAAUAUCUUCAGGAAUACCGUGGCUUUGAGUUCAUAGAGCAGCUUGUAGCCGACAUGGUGCAGAGCGAUCCGCAGAAGCGCCCGACUAUCGCGGAGGUCGAGACGCGGUUCGACGCGAUAUCCCGCGAGCUUUCGUGGUGGAAGCUCCGAACGAGACUAGUGUACAAAGAUGAGACCGUCUUCGAGCGUGCGGUGCUCAGUACGGUGCACUUCUUCCGCACAGCGAAGUUUCUCGCCAAACGGCGGCCUCCCAUACCAACGCCCUUUCCGUGA